GAAACAGCCGAGUCCCAGGAAGCGGAUGCAGCAACCGGGAAACAAGAGCCGGCGUCAACCUUGGACAUCACCUGGGUGUCCUCAAUCGAACCUCUCCCAAACGGCGGAUGGGUAGCAUGGUCGCAGGUCCUCGGCGGCCACAUCGUGACCUUCUUCGUCUGGGGCUUCAUCACAUCGUUCGGCAUGUUCCAAGCAUACUACACCUCUACCGAAAUCUCCUCACCUUCGAACAUCUCGUGGAUAGGGUCAUUGAUGAUAUUCUUCUUGAUGCUCAUACCGCUCUGGUCGGGGUCGGCGUCUGAUGUUGAUCAUUUCAAGUUGAUCCUGAGGGUGGGCACCGUGCUUUGGGCCCUGAAUAUAUUCACGACGAGUGUGUGUCAUGAGUACUGUCAGUUUUUAUUGGUGCAGGGUGUGUGUAUUGGUGUUGCGAAUGAGCUUUUGUUUGUGCCGACGAUGUCGGUUGUGUCAACGUACUUCGAUCGUAGCCGCAGGCGUCUGGCCAUUGGGUUGAUCUUAUGUGGUUCUGCGACGGGUGGUAUGAUCUUCCCGAUCAUGCUGAAUCGCCUCUUUGGUAUCAUCGGCUUCGGGUGGGCGGUCAGGUCCUUCGGCUUUAUGGCUCUUGCAUUGCUGGUGCUGGCAGAGCGCUUGCUGAAGAAAAGAUUGCCGCCAAAAGACUCCACGAAGUCCUUUGAGCCGGGUGAACUGAAAGACAUUGUAUUUGUACUAUUCAUCAUCGGCUCGUUCUUGAACUUUAGCGGUCUUUACUUCGCGUUCUUUUAUGUCAAUGCAUAUGCGCGCAACCGACUGGCGAUGACCUUGGAAGAGACCAUACCGAUCUUGAUGGUUCUCAAUGGAGUUAGCGUACCUAGACGACUCAUUCCAAUAUAUAUAGCAGAUCGCUACUUCCGUCCAAUCCACGUUAGUCUUCCAAUCAACCUCGUUACAACACUCCUA